GGUACACUGGUUCGCACGUGUUGCGAUUUGCGUGUUUUGGGUGGUAAUUUCUUUCGAGCAUUUCUCGCGUGGAUCAUGGGCAAAUUCCGAUCGAAGCUAAAGCGCCAUGGCAAGGGGAAGACGUGGAGCAAGGGCCAGUCGGCCACCUCCAAUCCCGAGCAGAUGAAGCACCGCAUGAAGGCCAAGUCGCGCUUCUUUCAGCCCAAUUUGAGUCUGGCUGCCGCCACGCCCACCGGCCUCACCCUGGAGGCGGUGCACAAGCACGAGCAGCGACAGGCCUACAAUGCGGAAACCACAACGGUCAACGAUGUGGCCGGCAGUCUGAAGAGUUUCAGGCUGGACGACGAGGAUGAUGGCAUGUCCGGUUCGGGAACCGCUCCCACCGGCACCUUCAAGACCUUCCAGACCUUCGCCUCCAACUACAGCACCUGCAGCAACACCAGCUUCCGCAAAUUGCUCACCGGCUUCCGGGCCUCGUCCGAUCUUCACAAGGAGAUGCUGGCCAUCCUGAGUGCCCUCACUGAAAUCAUCCGGGAGAACGGCGGCGGCGAGUCGUCCACAGAGUACUUCCUGCUGCUCAUGGAACAGAUCGAGGCGGCCACCGAGGAGCGGGACAUCGUGGCCGGCGUGGCGCUGCUCUCCAUGGGCAUCAAGUCGGUGCCGGCUCCGGUUCUGAGGAAGCGGUUCGCCCAGACGGCCGCCACCAUGCAGACACUGCUCCAGAGAUUCGUGGAGGCCACCAACCAGUCGGUCGUCCGAUAUGUAAUCGGCUGCCUCUCUGUGCUCCUGCGUGCCCAGGAUUAUGCGACAUGGACGUACAGCUCCACGUUCCAGUACUUCGAUGCCCUUCUGGCGUUCAGCAUUCACUCCAAGCCGAAGAUCCGCAAGGCUGCCCAGCACGCAGUGGUGUCCAUCAUACACGGCAGCAGCUUCAUGCUGCCGGCGGCCAAGUCCGAUGAGGACCAGGAGGACGUAGCGGAGAAGAAGGUUAAGAACCACCCGGCCAGCAGUCGGUUGACCAAGUUCUGUUUGGCCCAAUUCAAGCCGGAGGUACUGGCCAAUGCCCAGACGACGGUGCUCCAUACGCUGGCGCUCCUGAAGGACACACUAUCCGGCUUCCGGACGGAGGACAUACGCAGUGUUUGCGAGCACCUGCUCUCCAUUAUGACGGCGGCCAAUGUGCUGGUGAGGACGAACUGCUUCCAGGCGCUGCAUGCCCUCUUCCUCACGAGGAGCCCCAAUUUGAAUGCCUCGCUGUGCGCGAAACUACUGGCCGCCAUCCACGAAUACCGACCGGAUCGCAGCGAUGUCCGGCAGACGCUCGCCUGGGUGACGGUCCUCAAGGAGGGCCAUCAGCACUUGGCCACCCUGCAGCUGGAUCUUUGCAUGCAGGCCCUGCCCCGUCUGGUCGACGUGUGCACCACGGAUCUGUGGCUCUCGGAGCGAACGGAGCUGGUUGUGGGUGUCUCCAACUGCAUCAAGGAGCUGCUGCAGGACUGUGUGGCUCGGGCAUGUGCCACGGAGGAGGAUGCCCAGCGCAACCGGCCGAGUGUGGCCAAGAUAAUCACCUCGCUGCACAAGGUGCUGAAUGCUCCCUUCGGGGAGGUCUCCAAAUACGUGAUCCUCAUCUUCUCCAUUGUCUUCGAGGCCUGCGGCAAGCAGUUUGGUUCGGAGCUCACUCCCUCCCUGCUGACAAUUUCCAAGCGGUACGACGCCCAGAGCGGACAUCGUCUGCAGAUCGAGCACACACUGAUCAGCGCCAUCAAGGCUCUGGGACCCGAGCUGAUCCUCACCGCGAUUCCCCUGUCCGACGGCAAGGGCGGCAUGCAGCUGGAGCGUUCCUGGCUGCUGCCCCUCCUCCGCGAGGGAGCCAACGGCGCCAGCCUGCAGUUCUUCAAGGAGAAGAUCGUGCCGCUGGCCAUGGACUGCCAGCAGAAGUGGAAGGAGUUCGCGGAGGCCAACAACAAGUCUUCGUCUCACAUCUACGAGCUGUUGUGCUGCCAGUUGUGGGGCCUGUUCCCCGGCUUCUGUCGCCAGCCAAGGGAUCCGGACUACUUGCGACAGCUGGCCCCCACCUUGGGUGCCGCUCUGGAAAAGAAUCCCGAGUUCAGGGCCCCCAUCUACGAUGGUCUGAUGGAGCUGCUCGACGACAGUCAGAGCGCGGAAUGCCAUCAGGCCAUAGGCCUAUAUGCCAAGAACUUUCUGCCUCGCCUGUUCAACAUUUACACCCAGAAACCGAACGGCACCUACGAGGCCGAUCAGCGGAAGCGUGUCCUGGACGUCAUCCGUUUGUACAUCUCGCGGGCGCCCGCCGACGUACAACUGCAGCUCUUCGAGAAUGCCCAAGGGCAGUUGGCAGCCAGUGCCGUGGCCAGCUUUGAGUACGACGCUCUGUUCGAUAUAAACGCUGCCAUUGUGCGCGUGCAAAAGUGCAAGGGUAUCGAGGCUUACUUCGAGAAGUACAUGGCUCCCAUUCUGAGGAACGAUAAGUCCAAACUGGUGGCCAAGGAUGAGCAGAAGCUGAAGAAGCAGCAGAGGAAGACCUACGAGCUCCUGCGGGAACUGGUGACCUCGGAGAAGCCAUCGUGCCAGAAGUUCACCCGCAAGAACAGCAUUGCGCUGCAGCAAAUCCUCCUGGAAGCCUUCACCACCAGCUGCAGCGUUUGCCAGGCCUCGCGAUUGUACUGCCUGAAAUCCCUGAUGGAGUGCCGCAGCAAUCUGGCGUACAACGACCAACUGGUGAUGAAGGCCAUUCCCGAGGCAGUGCUCAACUACAAGGAGUUCUCCACGCGCAAGGAGCAGGUCGCGGAGCAGCUAAUCAAAUCGAUCGCCCAACUCUACCAGGAUGCGGGCAAGAUCAACGACUUUGUGGACAUCCUGACGGCCGGCUUCACUGCCGACGAAUCGCUGGUCACGAACACCAUUCUGGCCUUCAGAGCUGUGCUCCAGCAGCAGGGUCAACACUUGACGGUGGCCACGCUGGAGUUUGUCCUGCAGCAGGUCUCCGUUUUCCUCGUCCAGAAGUCGCGCAAUCAAUCGGAGGCAGCCGUUGCCUUUUUAAUUACAUUCAUCAAAGUGAUGCCCAUACCACUGGUGGCCAACCACCUGGAGACCAUUAUGCGCUCCCUGUCUGCCAUGACCAAGGACACGAAGCGCUACUGCCGCAUCCAGAUCGGUUACUUCCUGAAGAAGCUGUGCAAGCGCUUCAGCACCGAGGAGCUGGCCCGCUUCGUGCCCGGCGACGAUGAGGUGACCCACCGGCGGCUCAAGAAGAUCCGCAAGCAGAUGCGCAGGGACACGCGCAAGAAGCAGAGCGAGGAGGCCCAGGCGGAUAGCUCCGACGAGGAGCUCGUCGGCGGCCUGGAGCAGAAGAGCUAUACCAUUGAUGAUAUUCUGGCUGACUCCGACUCGGAUCUGCCCGAGGACAUGGACGCCGAAGAGGAGGGCGGAGCGGCAACGAAUGCUAGCAAGCGCAACAAGAAAUCCAAGCAGCAGAAGAGCACCUACAUUCGCGAGGAUCCCGACGAGAUUGUCGACUUGGCCGAUCUCAAGUCCAUUGGCAAUGUGCUGACUAGUGGCUCUGCUCAAGCGGCAGCCACCGCCAAGAGCCAGAAGGCGAAACCCCAGCUGCCGAAUGGCGGCUUCAAGACUGCCGACGAUGGCCGCCUGAUCAUCAGCGACAAGGCUCUGCGCGGCCAGGGAGGCAACGAUGAUGAGUCCGACUCGGACUCCGAUUCGGAUGCAUCGAUGGCCGAUGGCACUGCCGCCAAGGAGCCAAAGGCCAAGCGCGGCAUGGAAGACGACUCCAGCGACGAGGAGGAACUGCAGCAGCAGCAGUCGACGGCGGCCAAGCGGACGCGCAAGGGCGGCGAUGCGAUGAGCAUGAAAUCCGGCAAGACCACGGCCAGCAGUCGCUACACGGCCGGUGGCAAGGGCAUCCAUCGUCAGCUGGCGGCUGGCAACUCGGAUGCCAUGUCCGUGAAGUCGGGAAAGUCCAGCGGCCGCCCGGCGGGCAAUGAGUACAGCAGCAAAAAGGCCAAGGGCGACAUGAAGAAGCGCGGACAACUGGAUCCCUAUGCGUACAUACCGCUCACCAGGAACAACCUGAACAAGAGAAAACGGUCGAUGAACUCGCGCAAAUUCAAGAGUGUUUUGCGAGGAGCUGGCGCCGAAGCCGGAGGAGGCGGUGGCGGCCGGGUGUCCAAGAAAUACAAAUAGAGGGGAGCAACUAACCAACUGGAUCAUAAAGCUAUAGAGAUAUACUAUUAACAGCGGGAUAGUGCGGACGGCUGAUAAGCAAUCUAAGACGUUGAUGUUGAUGACUAUUUCCCCUGUUGCCUGGCUACCUUGCUUAAAUAUAUGAAUACUAUUAAAUUUGUACGCCUGCGGAGACGUUGUAAAUGCCGGAGACAAGCUAAGGAGAACGGAAUAGUCAUGUAUUAGAUGAAAACAGUUUGUUAUUCUUCAUUGUUGGGCUCUGCGCACUAUGAAUAAAGAGGUACUAAAGCAAAA